GCCAGCCUGCACCAGAUCGAACCGUGGUCUCGGGCUUUCCAAUCCAACAGGUGUUGCCUGGUCGGUCUUCCCCCUCCAGUCAAUUGCUCCUCCACCUCCACGGCUCCACCCCCUCUUCCUCCGCCCGCGCCGCGCCCGGAGCCAGGCCACACCAAACCCUAGUUCCCGGGCCUCCCGUGCCCCCGCCGCGAGAUGCUCCGCUCGCCAGCCCCCUGAUCCUCCUUCUUCGCCGCCACCGCCGCUCCUUGCCCGUCCGCCGGUAUGGGUCGCUACGGUCCCUUCCCUGCCGCCGCCGGGGAUGGCGGGGGCUGCCUGCCGCUGCCGAUUGUCGCGGCCGAGGGUGCGCUUGCUGUCGUCGACGGCGCCAUUGCGAUCGCCGCCUUGGUGCAGCUGGCAAGAAUUCACAGGCACAAUCAGCUACAGGGAUGGACUCGGCAAAAGAUAUUCCAUUUUUUGAUUGGCCUAUCAAACAUAGUAUUCCUAGUGUAUUUCGUGUCUACCAUCAUUGCUACUUGCCAGAGAUGGAUUUGCUGGGUGCAUGGAUGUGGAUUUGUUCUCAUGGCUAGUCCACAGAUACUGCUUCUUGCUUCAUUUCUACUGCUACUGUCAUUCUGGGUUGACCUGUGUCAUCAGACAAAUGAUGAAGAUGAAGAGGAUGUAAGGAGUCACCGUGAAGCUUUACUAGAUAGAACAAAAACUAAACCUGGCAUCCAUCCUGUUAAUAUCCGUCAGAGGUGUUGCCCGGGAAUACAUCUUGGAAGCCGGCAAAAGUUUGUGAUUUUGGUGCUUGUACUGUCAUUUGUUGUUAUGUUUGCCUUUGCCAUCCUCAUAUGGGUUGGUAGAGGAGAAAACCAUAUUGAUUCAUCUUUAUUGAAAAGGGUUUAUUUGGAUGUAUUUUCAGUAGUAGUUCUUGUACUCGGUGGUGCUCUGGCAUGUUAUGGUGCAUUGUUAUUCUCGAAGAUGAGCAAAGUUCGUUCUGAAACUGUAUCAACUGAGAAGUGGAAGGUUGCCAGUUUAGCUGCUGUCUCACUAAUUUGUUUUUCGUCUUCUGCUAUACUAGCACUUGUGACUAAUGUUCCAGUGCUUUUGUAUUGGUACUCAACAGAUGCAGACAUCAUCUACAAUGCUGUUAUUUUGUUUGUAUAUUACUUCAUAGGUUCGUCACUUCCAUCAGGGUUUGUUCUAUGGAUCAUGAGAGAUUUGCCUCACCGUCAGGUGGUAGAAAGGCCCACAGAAUCGAGAGUGGUUACUUUGUUCAGGGAAAGACCAUCAACUACACAGGAUCCACGGUGGAGGGCAGCUGUUACAUCCUCAAACAAGGCCCUCAAGUCAAGCCCGAUUUAACAAGACUUCCCAUUUAUACUGAACCUUCUAGUCUGCCUAAUAUGCUGAAAGAACAUCAGUGGCGCCCUGGCGUCUGCUACUGUGACAAUUGGUGGGUACAAGACAAUUCAGUAAUUCGUGCUUCAUGGUUGACAAUUCAGUAAUUCCUGCUUCAUGGUUGACCGCGGUCGGAUGUACAUUACAAGUUUACACAUCAGAACUGAUGUUGUGGGGUUGAAGAAUUAACAAAUGUAAAUAGCCUUAGAAAUGAGAGUUUUCAUGGUUAGGCUGUUAGUUUCUCCUUUGAGAUUUACCGUGCCUGCCCCUUUUGUUUACCUGUACCUCAUUUAGUUUUUUGAAAGUAACAAUUGAAUGCUUCAACUAAUCCAUGAUAGGAGGCGUUUGUGCCCCAAAGAUCGUAAUCAUUUGCCAUCAUUUGUCGAUCACUAGGAGACUUCAACAUAAGCUGACUAUGUAAGUAAUUAAGAUAUUCGGAAUACAAGUGGCAAAUAUUCAAUA